GCAGACUAUUUUACACUUUAUACAUCUCUCUCUUUUUCGAAAACGCACUCUCCUUAUUUUUGUAUCUCUACACCAAUUCAUCUUUAUGCCUUCUCUGCGUCUUUUUCUCCCAUUCUACAACUACAGUGGACAGGAAGGAUUAUUAAACGCCUCUGCGAAUAGUUUUGAAAAUUUACCAAGAAAAGAAAACAAACGCAUCCAUAAAGGUAACGAGACGAAAAGCUGAAAUUCAAAUAAUCUCUAGUAGUAAACAUUAUUUAAAGUCAAUUAAAACAAGCUUUUAUUUAGACUUUUAGAGUAGAUAAUGUCAAUUGGAAUUAGACGAAACCCAGUAGUACUAUUUGGAGUUAUAAUAGCUGCCUUUUUUCUAUUAUCGUUCGCAUAUGUAACGUUGUCUCCUCAAUUAAAGACACGUUUGGGUUUGGGAAGUGACGCUGUUCCGUUGACAGAUGAAGAAGAGUUUAGGAGUUCCAAUAUAAUUUAUAGAACAUAUACUUAUUUGGAAGAGCAACGUUUAGAAAGUGUACCGCGAUUUGUCAAAUUUUCGGCAGACUCCAAGUAUACUAUAGUUAUACCGACAUAUCAUCGCACUAAUCUAAUUAGAAGAGCCGUUAAGCACUACGCAAAUUUCAAGAAUAUAUCGAAGAUAAUAAUUAUUUGGUUCAAUGAGGAGAGGAUACCUACAGGAAACGAAAUUUCUAAAUAUGUUAAUAAGGAUAAUAAAGUUAUUAUUGAAGUUUAUUGGAUGCCCAACUUGAUAAGAUUAAGAUAUUUUCCAUAUCCUACAAUCGAUACGGAAGCGGUCUUGAACGUUGACGAUGAUAUUCUUAUAGACGAAGGUGCUGUCAGCAGAGCAUUUCAACAUUGGAAGGUGAGCAAAGCAGGCCGGAAAGAGUGUACUAGUUUGACAUUAAUUUUUAAGAAAUUGAUAAAGGGAAUAGGACUUUUAGUAGUUGCUUUUGCGUAG